AUGAUAGACCCUGUAAAGGAUUUUUUAGUUCCGAAAAGAUUUAGUAUUGUCGCCUAUCUAUGUAUAAUUGUUCAUUUCCUUUGUGGAUUGGUAUUAAUUGUUGUUACAGUAGCUUUGAGAGAUAGCGAGAACUGGAAAUUUUCUUGUUUUGUUGAUGGUAAAAGUACGGCGAUGUACAAGAAACAGGUCGAUCAGGAGUGUUUUGCGAGAUAUGAUCAGACUUACAUCUCCCUUCUACCUUUGUAUGGCUUUGUGUUACUGAGUAUUGGUUUCACAGUCGUUGUCAGUGUUAUUUAUUCACUGCUAGUGAGCACCCGCGUCGUCGAAAUAAAGUCAAGCUAUGAACUACGAAAGAGAGCGAGGACUACGAAAGAGAACGAGGACUACGUGGUACUGAAUCGGGGAACGUUUGUUAUUUAUUUAUAUUUUAUCCACCUCGUUUUGCGUGCGUUAUUUAUAAUCUCUUUAACUAUUUUGCAACAUUCAUAUUCUAUCCAAAUGGUUUCGAUUCCAAAUUCAGCUGUAAUUUACCACGAACGUAUCAAGUAACAUCCAACAUAAAUACACCAAAGAAUGCGAAUGGUACAUUAGUAACAUGUAAGAAUGCGACAGCGUCAGAAAAAUGGUUAACAGGCAUAAUUGUGUCUGUAAUGAACAGCAUUGUUGCCGCAGUUACACUUGGGGAAGUGAUUUAUCUUUUGCCACGUUUACCUAUCUUCAAACGUUAUUCUGGAGUUGGCUGGAGCGGUGAUUUUGAAUUUGUCACCAUUUAUUUUCUAAGAAGCGACAAUCAGAACCUUCAGGAAUGUAUAGAUUUCUAUAAACAACAAGUUUGUGCACUUGAUUUAAAUGAUUUUCAUAUUGGCGUUGUUAUCCACACUAAACGAGCUCAACACGAGUUCUCAAAAGAGAUGAACAGACACGAAAUCUACAAUGUUCAUACGGAAGUUCCAUCGAACUCGAUACGUUUAGAAAAUAUUAAAGAUUUAUUUUACCCCGACGAAGAUACAAAGGGCAAUUCUCCUCACAGCAUUCUGGCGAUUGUAAGGCCUGGGAUUGGAAAAACGAUCUUGACCGAAAAAAUUCUCCGUGACUGGGCUAAUGAAAUUGAUGAAUAUUAUUCUGACAAGAUUGCCUUCUUUUUCAAACUCAGAUGGUUCAAUGACAAAUUAACAAAUUUAUCUCUUAAGACAUUUCUUCAGCUUGGAACGAGCCUGAACGAAGAAAAAUUUGAAAGUAUUUAUGAAGAAAUUGCAAAAGAGCCACAAAAAGCCAUUCUUAUUUUCGAUGGUUUAGAUGAAUUUCAUGGCAAUCCUAUCAGUUACUCAGAUCAAUCAAGGAUGAUCCCAAACGACCCUAAUACUUGUAUGUCUGCAAUGAAUUUAUUCAUUAAUCUGAUGUUGGGCAAUUUGUUGAAAGGAGCAACCGUUGUAGUAACAAGCAGACGGACUGUAGAUGAUUUUUAUUCCAGGCUUGAUUUUGAUCGAAAUGUGGAGAUUACUGGUUUCACCCGGGAUAAAAUCAAAGAGUACGUCAGCCGAUUUUGUGAUAAUAAUAACAGAAGCGACCUUGAAUCAAGGAUAUGGAGGCAUAUCGAAUCCUCACCAGGACUAUUGAACUUGUGUUAUACUCAAGUCCAGUAAACUGUUUCAUCGUAUGUGUUAUCCUGUUUGAAUGUCUUAGUGACCCAAGAAAUGAUAUCGGUGCUCCUCCAACAACUCUGACAGAACUUUACCAGACAGCCGUAGAUCAUUUUGAAAAUUAUCAUCACAGAAAUACAGACAAAAACCCUACUAUAACGGAGGAAGCGUUAAAGGAACUUCAACGAUUAGCAUUCGGCGGUAUGGAAAAUGGGCAGCUGGUCUUUAAUCAAGAAUUGUUUGAUGAGCAAAUGAAAACAUCCGGUUUAUUGAACAGUUUAUCCAACCCUAUUUUUCCAAUUCAAACACAAUUUUGUUUUUUCCAUUUAACCAUACAAGAAUUUCUUGCUGCAAAGCACGUAAUUGAAACACUCGCUCCACUCGAAAUAAAGAAGUUUAUUUCCGACCAUGUUAGAAGUGGUCAAUGGCAUUUAGUUCUUCAGUUCCUUGCAGGACUUUUGGGCAAGAAAAUCAAUAAUUUUGAUCAAGAAUACACGGAUUGUGUUUUCGCGUUUGCGGAAGGCCUCGGAGUUACUAAUGGUGAAAUUCAAGUUAAUUACAACGAAGUGUUUGUAAUGACGUGUUUAAGGGAAGUGGACGAUGAAGAGAUUGUUAAAGACGUUUGCGAGACCACUGCUCUAAACGAUGUUGUACAUCUCCAUGGUGGUUCACAUAUUGUUUCUCCAAGUGAGUGGGUGGCGAGAAAGUUUGUUUGCAAGCACAUGAAGAAUUUAAAAUUGAAUAAGGAUCAAGGUGAGUAUCAACCUUCCAUGCAAUAUAAAGGCAAGAAGUCCUACUAUUGUACAUGCGAAAUGUGAUGACUUUUUGUUAUGAAAUGAAAUUUAAAAUUCGAAAUAUAUGAGUUGUUGUUUAUGUCACUAAACGAAAAGUGAAUAAUUGCCAUUUGAAAUAAGCAUUGUUAACCCAUUGAGUGGCAGUACUUUCCCCGUGACGAGUAAAAUCGUCUGGCGUUAGUAGAGUAAAAUAAUCUGACGUUAGACAGAGUAAAAUAGUAAAGAUUGUGUUGGCAUAUCUCACUCGAUUGAAUAAUAAUAGUUGAAGGGUCUUGUAGAUGGAAAUUAUUGAGUGGAAAUUUAUAUUCAUUUAUAAGAUCUAACCAGGAACAGUUGCAAAAAAGGCAAUUUUAGGUCCCUGGCAGGAAUCGAACCUGCAGCCCCGAUGAUUCCGGUGCCCCAGCUCUAACGAAGUGAGCUACAGAGGCCAGUUGUCGUGCUCUAACCACAAGUUCAUGUGCAUAUAUUCGGGUACUGCCACGUAUCGAACCAGCGGCCCUGCGAUUCCGGUGCUGCGCUGGAUAAUUUCCAUCUACAAGAACCUUCAACAAUUCAAUUGAGUGAGACGCAAACAAAAUCUCGAUAUUUACCCAUAACCUAAAUAUGGCACUACCCCAGUAUAUAUACAUGAACUUGUGGUUGGAGCUCGACAACUGGCCUCUGUAGCUCAGUUGGUUAGCGCACUGCACCGGAAUCGCAGGGGUCGAUUCCUGCCAGGGAUCUACAGUUGCAAUUUUCGCAGAGCUGUUCCUGAUUAGGUGUAAUAAAUGUAUAUAAAUUUCCACUUGAUAAUUUCCAUCUACAAGAUCCUUCAAAAAUAAGAAAGUAAGCAUCAGGGCGCAUUGCCACUUAAAGGGUUAACCACCAAUCUGAUUGCCAUUGUACCCAACCUAAAGGUCCUAAACAGCCCUUCCUAUACCCAGGAACUACGGUCUAGAUAUUGAGUUCUUUAAUUCGUACUACUUUGUUGGUUUUUGUUUAUUUAGAUUGAAGAUUUACAAAUUAAUGUUUUGUCUAACGCCUCUACCGGGAAACCAUUUUCAAAAAUAAAUAGAUAAAUUGUAUUGAAGAGAAUUAACGCAAUAUAUAACUAAUUAUACAUUGAUACAAUUAUUAUAUAUUGCUUGAGUCUUCUAAAUCACAUUAAGUUGCAUAAUUCUAGCUAGUGCAAAUACUUUGCUCUGAUUUGUGUGCAAAGCAGUUAUUUGGGUAGCAAUGAUAAAAAUAAGAGUUGGCUAUUUUUUAUAUUUUAUCCCCGCCCCCCUAUAAUAGAACGCAGACUAAUUGGCAAGCAUAUGUCUUGUCUUGUUUACUUUGCAGAAAGCCCAGAAUCGUGGAAAUGGUAAGAGAAUUCGAUAAUUCAUCGAGAAAAGUUCAUCAAGUUGCUCGAAUAUGGACAAGAGCAUCCGGAAGAGAUCAAGAAUGUCAACGGAGUACGCGUUUGUUGCUCGAAGGAGUUUCUCAUCGGUAGGGGAAGCGAUGCUACUAGAGUUUUUAUAGGAUUGGGAAAAGAUGGGUACGAGAGGACUGUAAAACGUUUGCCCAGAGAUGAUUGCGAUUGCUUAGCUGAACAGGAAAAGAAAGUUUUGUAUCAACUCAACACAACCGAGUCAAAGUAUGUGGUAAAGUAUCGCGGGUUUUUAGACGAGAAAAGCGACAAGGACUGGUUAUUUCUAAUCAUGGACUUAUGCGAGGAAACGUUGAAAGAAUUUGUUGAGCGCAGCAGUUUGGACGAUCUAAAAACAAAUGCGCAAACUAUCAUUCAGCAAGUUUUAACAGGAUUAGCUGAUCUCCAUCGUGAUCCAAAGCCCGUUUUGCAUCGUGACUUGAAACCAUCCAACAUCUUGCGAAACGUCAACGAUAAAUGGUUGCUGGCCGACUUUGGCAUCAGUCUGAUCUUGACGCAAGAAGUAAGUACCUUUCGAAGCAAGGAGAGGGGAACAAAAGAUUGGAAAGCCGUUGAAUCGUGUUCUACGAAUGACAUGUCUGAUGAUGAUGAUGAUGACGUGCGUUACAAGAAAAACUCCGAUAUUCAGGUAGAGUUUUGUGUAAUAAAUAUCAACAUCUCAUAAAUAAAUAAUUGAUAAAUAUCAAUAUCAAUAUCUCGAUUGAAUAAUAGUUGAAGGGGUCUUGUAGAUUGAAAUUAUAUCGAGUGGAAUUUCAUAUAUAUUUAUUAGACCUAACUAGGAACAGCUGCGAAAAAUGCAACUUUAGGUCCCUGCCAGGAAUCGAACCUGCGAUUCCGGUGCAGUGCUCCAACCAACUGGGCUACAUGAGAAUCCAGUUGUCGAGCUCUAUAACCACAAGUUCAUGUAUUAUACUAGGGUACUGCCAUAUUAGGUUAUGGGUAAAUAACAUGGCAGUACCUCAACCAAUGAGAUUGCAGAGUACUGUAGCUCAUAUACGGUUACUAUAAAGCCCCGUACAGACGAGCUGAGCACGUUUUCCUUGACAAAUGUUCCUUAAUUAAUGGCAAGUUUUAUUGACUUUUGUGCACGGCAAAAAUUGACAACUUUUCCUUACCAAAUAGCCUUGUUUCAAAUAUCUAUGGUUUUCACAAAAGGCGGCCUUGACGUGAGAUAAAUGUUUAGUUCCGUGCACACGAGCAACAAAACUUGUCAAGGGAAACUUGCUCGUCUGUGCAAAACAUUGCGUUUGUUCCUGGCAGUACAAGAAUUUCUUUGAAAAGAUUUUCGUAUCUAUGAUUUGUAACAUACAAUUUUCCUCUGUCAUGUUUAGGUGGCCGGAAUGGUGGCAUUCUACAUUGUGACAAAAGGUGAACAUCCCUUUGGAGAAGAACCUGACCGACAUCGCAACUUACUUGAUGGUAACCCAGUUUAUUUGGAGAAGUUGAAAAAAGAUCCUGCUGCAAAAGAUUUGAUAUCCUGGAUGCUGAGCCACGAUCCCAAAGAUAGACCUUCUGCCCAAGAAGCGCUGAAACACCCUUAUCUACAAUCCAAUAAACAGCAGUUUGAAAUGCUGUGCAAAGUGGGAAACCAAGAGGAUAUCUUGACAGGGAAUGUCAGAUCAGAUGUCGUGCGAAUGUUGAAUAGCGAUCCCAAAGAUUGGAGAUCUCUGUUGAAUGCCGAUGUUCUGAAGUAUUUAAGCACUGAUCCUUUGAAGGGGAAAACAUUUCGCUAUAAGUCGUCUUGGACGGACUGUUUACGACUUAUCCGAAAUGUCAAGGAACACUGGCAUCACCGCCCAAGGCCGCGACCCGAAUUAUUCUAUCUACUGGGCGAUCCCCAAGAGUACUUCCUUAACCUUUUCCCCAAUCUUCCUGUCGUGGUACACGAAAUUAUCAGGUCAUGUGAUUGGAAAGAACGAUCUGACUUUCAGGAGUACUUCAGUUGA